AUGGUAGCUUCUCGUUUCUAUGGUUCCGUUAAGAACUUGUAUCUGAAGGCUCAAGAUUUUCCAGUAGUGCAAGAUUUUUCCUACUGGUUUUAUUAUGACUUCACUGCCAUUGUUGCAGAUUGUCUAGCUCCUUUUGACGCACAAGUUGCAGUCAUUCUAUUGAGCAUUUCCAAGCUUGUCUGCAAGUCAGAUUGUCGAGAACUCAGUUGCCUCCUUUCAGAGAGUUGGUCUUUUGAUGUUCGAUCCCUUAUCUUAUCUUUAGAGAGUUUAUCUGUUUUUAUGUUGUAUUGUGUUUGUUAUAUGGCAAAUCCUCUGGCUAGUCUGCCUUGUAUGUCCUCCUUGAAUGGAGUUUUUGAACUUUGGUUUGAAUGA